ACAUGCUGAACGCAUUCUUAUCCACUUCGCGUUAUCUGGAAUCGUUAAGUGUUUAUUACCGGGCGAUGAAAUGUUAAUUACGUUAUAUGUACUUGAUCACGAGUCUGAUACUGAGCAGAUAGGUCAACAUACCCAGUGAUCGUUACAAGUAAAAUUGUGUUUUUCUUAGACCAGCAGCUGAAAAGCAGGGAUUUUCCAAUGUGUCGCUCCUGAAAUAUGUCAGAAAAUUGUGCAAACUAGACACAUUUUACACAGAGCGUGCGUGGAGCAAAUAUGUUUGCUUACUUGCACUUGUUAUUAUGUGGUUAUAAUUUACAGAGCAAUGUUUGUAUCUUGAACGGUUGUUCCGCUUGGGGUACUGCAGCCAUGUAACUGUUCGCGUAAGGAGCAUUCAUAAUACCUCGGAUAAGAUAGCGCUUGGGUCGUACCAUGGUUCGUGGAGAUGUACGUGUGUUGGAUGAAGUUGCAGAAGUACAUAUCUUGUGUUAAAUGUUAUGUUUCCACCGUGGAUGGUCGUAAUCAAGGACGUUGUAUGAGAUGUUACUGACGGCGUCUUCAGUGUGGAUGGAUGGAUCCCUCUUGGAUUAACCGAUGUGAUGUGGUUGUUCACCCGUAGGAGUUGACCGGUGACGUCACACGUGGAGGAGAUGACGUUUCUUCUACAGCUUCACGCUAUUGUGUUGUCCGUGUUCUGGUUCAGUCUCUCUUUCUUUAGAAUGAAAGGCAUGGAGUGGAUCUCUCGUUAUAAGGCGGUGUUCGGACUCUUUACCCUACUAGCCAUCCUGGUUGCAGUCUACAUUUACACAGUCGGGAACGAGGCUACAGCACCGACGUCCUUGACCUUCAGGACUUGGCCUGGACAAAGUAGCCCCCAACAUCUAUAUGAUGUCAUCAUUCAGCGGACCAAUAAGACAAUGUUUGGGCAGGCACGAGGGGGAUAUAUGUAUGACCCACAGGUCAAGGUCACGUCACCCGAAGCAGUCGUUCAGCCAUCCCCAGCAAAGGAACCCAUUGUUUCAGAAUUCGGUUGGAUCAAAAACCUGAAUUUGUCCGAAAUGGCAGGAACAACCAGUGCCAAAGAGUCAGAAAUCAGUGAAGAAAACAUGAUACUCCAACCAGUCAAGGCCAAGAUUCAUAGACGAAUUGCUCAACUUAGUUUGGAGAAAGAAGCCGAUACAGACAGCUUCCUGGAACCUCUUCCUGGUCUUCCACUGCCAAAUAAGAGGAAGUACCUGGUGUACUUGUGUGAUCGCAAAACGACUUGUGGGGGAUUGGGGGAUCGACAAAGGGGGAUUAUGGGGGUGUUCCUCUUAGCGUUGGUGACACGGCGGAGGUACGGCAUCAGAAUGUUAUCACCCUGUGAAUUGGACAACUUCUUCGCCCCAAAUAAAAUUAACUGGACAGUGAGCGAGAGUGUCUUAAGGCUCCCGUUUUCAGACCAUAUAAACGCAAUGGAUGAUGGUGAACUCAAAAAAAGCCUCGUGGAAGGGGACUUUAACGAGAACCAUCUGGAAGAUGUUGUAUUCUUGAGGGAUAAUAUGGACUUUACCAGACCAAUAAUCCAGCAUCCCAAGUACAAAAAGUUACUUCCGGAAUGGGCAAGGUCAGGGUCGAAGUCAAAGGUAUUUGGUCAUGUUUGGAAUUUACUGUUUAAACCUUUCGGCAGUAUGAAAGUGAAACUUGACAAAGCAUUUGAACAAAUCAACCAGACGCCUCAUAGUAAGCUGGUCUGUGCGCAUGUUCGUAUUGGGCGAAAUCCAACCAUUCCUGGAGAUCAGUCAAAUGUGAAUUCUAUACAAAGUGUGAGAAAACUGUGGAAAUUCCUUCGCGGAUACGAAAAAGAAACCAUAUAUUUUAUAGCGACGGACGCCGAGAGGGUGCGAGAUAUGGCGCGACGAGAGUUUGGAAACAAACUUUUGACUGUUGAGGGGAAGAUCCGCCAUAUUGAUCGUCAGCGUGAUGACCGCGAUGCUUGUGAUGGAUUCGAGACUGCGUUACUCGAACAGCAAAUACUGAGUAAAUGCGACGUCCUCGUCCUCAGCCAGAGCGGCUUCAGCAUGUUCGCCUCUUAUAUGAGAGGGACCAGUAGAGACUUGUUCAUAUUUAAUGACGGGCAGAUAACUCCAUUUGCCCUGCCAUAACUACCCGUUAGGUUCUGUUAUAGUGCUCACUGGGCAAUCAACAUCGGACAUAUAUUGCUUCCGAAUAAGGGCAGAUAACUCCAUUUGCCCUGCCAUAGGGACCCUUGAGUUUCAGUGACCGGAAGUGCAACGUGGAACAUACAUCGCUUCCGAUUAAGGGCAGAUAACUCAGUUUGUCCAGCCAUAUUGAUACAUAAAGAUCAACCAUUGUGUUCAGUGUCCAGCAGUGCAACAUGGGAUAUAUAUCGCUUUCAAAUAAGGGCAGAUAACUCCCAUUUGUCCAGCCAUAUCGACGAACAAAGAUAAAGCAUUGUGUUUAGUGGCCCGCAUUGCAACAUGGGAUAAAUAUAUCGCUUCCAAUAAAGAGCAGACAAUUCCAUUGAUACUACAAUAGUCGAUUUGGUCAUAAAAAGAUCUCAUGGGGUUUAUCUUGGCCCUCAUUUAUCAACAUUGCUCAACGUGUGUUCAUCCAUCUGCCUGGAGGACAAUAAAGAGAAAGGACCACCGCGUGGUAUGCCGCGUCAAACCUUUAUCAUCGGCAGUAGUGGAACAGUCAAUACAGGAAAUCCAAUCAAGUUAAAAUACAAAUAGAACAAGGCUGAAACUACCAUAUCUUCGUUCCCGUUAUACCAGUGUCAUUGUCCAGAUUCUGCUUCAAGGAACGUCUUGCCAAAGACCGUGACUUCAUAUUUCGUUCAUGGGGGACUACGCCCGAGUAAUUUGCAGACCUACAACGUUUUAUCCGAGUCAUUGAAUACACAUUUUGCCAACCUUUGUGAUUAUUAUUUUCGUAAUUAAUACCAGAAUUACACCAAAAAUUCAUUUUGGCACGAUACAACGUCUAGACUUAGAGACGAAUUAGACACUUGGCAGUGGAGCGAGUCCUUCUUUAAACCGAGUGUGGAAAAGGCCAAAGAACUUACACGCUUACACACCACGCUGUCCACGUUAUAUUGUAAGAACCUGAUAACUUAAGACUUAAAAUCAGAAUUUGGCUGAUAGUCUUGCAAAGGCCAAAACAGUAUCAACACUUUCCGAUGUAAUGGAUGUCAACAGUACAUUGAAAGGAUACACUGUUCCAUGAAAUGGAUGGAUAUCGGUAUGGAAUCAUGAUAUGAAUAUACACGGUUAUACUACGAUAAUGAAACAUUGUGCUAUACAAAGACCAGUUCUGAGUAUGAGGAAUUCAAUUCACAGCGUGACGUCAUUGACGAUGUAUGGUGGUACGAUUGGUCUCCAGCAAAUGAUUUUCAUUACAAGACGGUGUAAAUUUAUGACGUGUGCUAGUUGUGUUUGUUAAACUGAGGAAAUACAACCAAGUGGAUUGCGGUCCAAAGGAGAGACAACUCCAGCUCAUUACGACAACGUGUUUUACCCUGACUUUGACGUUGUUUAGCAACACGUUUUACAUUGUAACAAUAUUAAUGGACCAUUUAGCUCAAUGGCGUGAGCAGGUUGACAAUGGUUUGCCUGUUCUUGACGUGACUAUUUACAGGCGUGAUAAAGCUGAAAUGAGGUGGAACUAAAUCAUUGGAUCCUCUCAACUAUGGAAGUCGCAAGUCUGCUAUACACUGCACCAUUCUAACUCUCAGGAACUGUCUCAACUAGACAGAACUCAGUAUUCAGUCCGAGAAUACGGUCUUCCCUUUCAUACUUAUUCCGUCAUCUUCAUGCAAAGCCAGUUCAGUGUUUCUGCAGCCAUUUACCAAAUGUUUGAUGUCCAAAUGCGUAUGUUCUCACAUUGCUCUGAUGGACAAGAACAGUGCAUUCAGUGUUGUUCAUCAAGACAUCCUUGUUGAUACGGGAAAGCAUAACAACCAAAACGUAAAACUGUUGAUGCGAAGGGACCGACCAUUUAAUAAUUUUCAAUUUAUAUCAGAAAGGAAAGUUAAAUAACUAGUAUGUUUUUUGUUGGGGUUUUGUUAUUGUUUCGUUGUUAUUUUUUGUUUUUCGGGGGGGGGGGGGGGGGGGGG